UCUAGUGGGGAAGGCUGGAUUGUGAUAGCGACAGAUGUCUAGUGAAACUGUGAGGGGCACUUCUCAGUUACAACACAGUCCCAGACUGCACCUCGGAGAGCAGGGGCGGAAUCUGCAGCUGUCACUCCAAAGGUUUACCUCCAUUAUCACAUCCAACCGGAGCUUGGAUAAGAAGCCCAAUUGAUCACUCUCUGGAAAUACAGGAGACACCAUGGGAGGCAAACUGAGCAGGAAGAGGAAGGGAUAUGAUGUGAGUGACCCCAAAGAGGCAAAGGAUGAAGCUGCAGGAACAGCUGCUGGUGCAGAGGAGUCUAAAGUGGAGGAGGCAGCCCCACCCACAGAGGCUGAAUUGAAGGCUGAAGCAAGCAAUGUGGUGGCGGAAGCUGUGGAGUCAGCUGCAGCAGUAGUAUCUGAGGCUGCUCCGGAGGAGCCCAAAACUGCACCUCCAGAAGAACCAGCUCCUGCAGCUCCAGAGGAAGCAGCUCCAGUGUCAGAAGAACCAGCUGCAGUUACAGAGGAAGCAGCUCCAGUAACACAAGAACCAGUGGCAGUCACAGAGGCACCAGCUCCAGUAGCAGAAGAACCAGCUGCAGUCACAGAGGAAGCAGCUCCAGUACCAGAAGAACCAGUGGUAGUCACAGAGGCAACAGCUCCAGUAGCAGAAGAACCAGCUGCAGUCACAGAGGCAGCAGCUCCAGCACCAGAAGAACCCACAGCAGUAGUUGAGGAACCAGUUGUAGCAGCAGAGGAAUCUGCUCCUUCAACAGAGGAACCAGCUCCAGCUCCAGCAGUGGAGGAGUCAACCCCGGUAGUAGAAGAACCAGCUCCAGUAGAACCAGCAGCAGCAGAGGAACCUGUGGCUGUAACAGAGGAACCUUCUGCGCCAGUAUCAGAAGAACCUGUACCAAGUGAGGCUGAACCUGAGUCUGCAGCUGCACCUGAAACGCUCCCUGUAGAAGAACCUGUAGAAUCUGUGCCAGAACCAGAGGUUGUUCCUGUCAUCACAGAGGAAGCACCCAAAGACCAAGAGCCUGAGCCCAUCCCAGAGACUGUUACUGAGCCAGAAGCCAUUGUGGAGGAGGUAGCAGCGACUGUUUCUGUCCCUGAACCCGAGCCAGCUGCAGAGCCAGCACUGCAGGAAGCUCCAGAGCCAGAACCAGAGAAAGCAGCAGAACCAGAGCCAGAACCAGAGCCAGAGCAAACCCUAGAGCCAGAACCAGAAAAAGCAGCCGAGCCUGAGGCAGAACCAGAACCAGAGCAAGAGCAAGCACCAGAGCCAGAACUAGAGCAAGAGCAAGCCCCAGAGCCAGAGCAAGAGCAAGCCGCAGAGCCAGAGCCAGAGCCAGAGCCAGAACAAGAGCAAGCCCCAGAGCCAGAGCCAGAGCUAGAGCCAGAACCAGAGCAAGUACUAGAGCCAGAGCCUGAGCAAGAGGCUGAACCUGCAGCAGAGGAGGAAGUACAAGAAGUUGAGCCAGAAUCAGUAGUACCCACAUCUGACAUUAUAGAACUUGAUACUGUGGAAGCAGAAGCAGCAGCACCUGAGGUCUUAGAGUCUGCAGCAGAGGAGGUCCUCACUGAAUCUCAGCAUGCAGAAGAGGAAUCAGUCGCAACAGAAGCCUCCAGCACUGAGGCGGCAGCUGAGCCAGAAGCAGCAGAACCUGUCCCUGAGAUUAUCAUUUCCGAGUCUGUAUCUGCCAGCGAAAUUACUGCAGAGUCUGAAGAGGCAGCCGAAGCCUCUGUGGAAGAGGUGCCUUGCCCAGAGCCUGAGGUAGAGAGCAAGAUGGAAAAUGGAGAUUCGGAGAGCCCUUCUCUUACAGAGGAUGUGGCAGAAGUAGAUGCCCUUCCAGCUGUGAACGGAGAGUGCAUACAAGCUACUUCCACCGCUGCCACACAGACCACACAGGGUGAGGAAUGUGUUAAUGGUAGUGAAAAGCCAGAGGAGACGCCUGUCAAGGUGCAGAGUGACUUUGAACUGAAAAAGGAUGUGAACCUGAGCGGGGAUGUCCAGGAAGUUCCAGAAGCAGUCUCUGACAUGGUGGAGCCUCUCAGCACUGAGGUCACCCAGGCAGUCUGAAAAGAAGCCAUCUUUCAAAUUAAUGUGAAUCCAGAUUAACACUCUGAUCGUGCAAGAAAGCCAUCAAAGGUAUCGCAAACACAGCUAGGCUUUCUGAUAUGCUGAAACCACCGCAAUGUUCUAUAGUGGUAACUCAGGCAAAUGGAUGUUUUCUUUUGAGUAACCAAAAAUGAAAUGCAACCACUUGGGGAUAGAAAGAUACAGGCAGAGGGAUAGAUAGAUAGAUACAGACAGUGAAAGCAAGUGAGGCGGAAGUGCAGAGUUGAGACUAGAGUUUGGAAUUUGUGGCAUGAGUACAGACAGUAAGUAAAACUGGACAGCAGAGCAAAAAUACUGGACAAUAACUAUGAUAUUGAUGAAUGAAAUGAAUAAAUCUGUCUUUGUGUGUGAGCCCGAUGAAUAUUACAAAGUGGUUUAUUGGAACAGCAUUCAUUACUAGUAUAUUAUCUGAUUUAGAAUUUCAUAUAUCCUUUCUAUUACUAUAUGCAGAGACAUGAAAUAAAUGUUUUGGCCUUUUAUAAUAAUGGUACCUGUGAGGACUGUUAAUUUUAAAUUGAUUGUUCGGAAUAGAGAAUAAAAAGAGAUUGUUAUAGCCUA